AUGGAGGGCUCCACCGGGUUUGGGAUCGACUCCAUCCUCUCCCACCGAGCCGGCAGCCCGGCCGUGCCCAAGGGGGACCCGCUGGUGGGCGACGGCCGGUCCCCGCUGGAGCUGAGCCCCCGCUCGGAGGGCAGCAGCGGGUGCCCCUCGCCCCGCUCGCCGGGCCGCGAGUGCCUGGAGGCGGCGGUGCCGCGGCCGGGCCUGGAUGCGCACCUCCAGCCGGGGCAGGUCUCGGCUCCCUCCCAGUCCCGGACCGUCACCUCCUCCUUCCUCAUCAGAGACAUCCUGGCCGACUGCAAGCCCCUGGCCGCCUGCGCGCCUUACUCCAGCACCAAUGGACCUCACGGCGGGCAGGAGCCGGCGGGCAGGAUCCCCACCAAGCCCGGCGAGGACUUUAGGGAGAAAAUGGAAAAAAACACCAGCAGCUCCUCCUCGGACUCGGAGUACAAAGUGAAAGAAGAAGGGGACCGAGAGAUCUCCAGCUCCCGGGACAGCCCCCCGGUGCGGCUGAAAAAGCCGCGCAAAGCCCGCACCGCCUUCACCGACCAUCAGCUGGCCCAGCUGGAGCGCAGCUUCGAGAGGCAAAAAUACCUGAGCGUGCAGGACAGGAUGGAGCUGGCCGCCUCCCUCAACCUCACCGACACGCAGGUGAAAACGUGGUACCAGAACAGAAGGACCAAGUGGAAAAGGCAGACGGCGGUGGGCCUGGAGCUGCUGGCCGAGGCUGGCAACUACUCAGCGCUCCAGAGGAUGUUCCCCUCGCCCUACUUCUACCCGCAGAGUUUGGUCUCCAACCUGGACCCCGGCGCCGCUCUCUACCUGUACCGGGGGCCCAGCGCGCCCCCCCCCGCCCUACAGAGACCCUUGGUGCCCCGCAUCCUCAUCCACGGACUGCAGGGCGGCAGCGAGCCCCCGCCGCCCCUGCCCCCGCUGCCCGGAGUCCUGCCCCGGGCCGCGCAGCCCCGGUGA